GGUGCCUGGCGGCUGCCCCGCCUACCGGGGCUGGGUGAAUGGAGCCAUGUCGCUGGGCUGGCCCACGCGCUACCUGCAUAAGCUCCUGGCGCGGGCGAGCAGCACCCAGGCACCGGGCAUCAUGGACCGAGCACACGUCAUUUCCUACAAGGACUUGAAGGCGCUGAUCGCCAGCGGGAAGGCUCACAUUGUAGACGUGCGGUCGCCAGAGGAGGUGGCAAAUGGCCGUAUCGACGACUCGGUCAAUAUUCCAGUGGCGGACGUUGAGGAAGCCCUGAAGAUGGACCCUGAGACAUUUAAGAUGAAGUAUAUUGUGGACAAGCCGCGGCUGGAUGACGAGAACUUGAUCUUUCACUGCCAGAUGGGCAGGAGAGGCGCUCAGGCCACGGAGACCGCCAUCAAACUGGGCUAUACCAAGGCCCGUAACUACGCCGGCGGCUACAAGGAAUGGUCUGAGAAGGAAGGGAAGUGACGUGGGAAUGGCUCCCCCAGGGCAGGUGACACUCCACGCCCAGCAGCUGGCUUUGCACUGAACUCCUCCUUGCUGCAACGUUCUCCCAUUGCUGCUGACAGCCGGCGCUGGGGAUGGAAUCACCGGUGUCUUGGUGGGCUGUCGGCUAAAUCUCCUGCCUGAGAAACUGCUGCUUGGCUUUCUCUCAAGCCCAGAGUCUGCACCUGCUCCUAAUGUAGUCACUCCCCCUGCUCUCGAUAGCACUGAGGGGGUUCCGACAUUCGAUUUUACUGGGAGUGGGGAGAGAACUGCCCACCGUUCACUCCAUCUCCCCCGCCUCCUCUGGGAAUCUGGGACCCCAUCCGUACGCUUCCCCUGGACAAGUCCUCAGCUCUCCUUGCAGCUAGAUUUGACAGUCAUUUUGCUGCCCACUUCGUUCUCCAGCUGGAACCGCCACUUCCAUCUGUAGCCUGCUGUUUCUAUAACAUGCUGGGUGCCCCUCAGCCACCUCUGUCCCUGGGGGACUUUCUCAGCACCCGCACCUAGAUAAGGGAGCUCACUAGCGUUUCCGCCACUACACUACGUGGCCCUGAUAAAGUCUAGACAAGGGCUCCGGGUCAGCCGCGUGUGGUAUUCUAUUAAACCUGUUUACAGUUUUUGUCCAGAACGGUGUUUCUCAGCCACUUCACUGGGGCGAGCCCUUAUUCCCGUUCAUACAAAUUGCAUGGCGUCCCCUCACGUUUUCUGUCAGAAUAAACAAGUCUUAUGCUUGA